AUGGGUCUCGAUAUUCUCAAAUUUUUUUUCCGUUUGGAUUUUGAUUUCCCUCCACCGAUUUGCGUAACACGAAAGAUUAUAUGGUCAAAUGUUGACGAAAGUCUGCAACACUGGCGUCAUAUACUGCAGUUGGUGAUUGAGGAGCAUCAAGAGCUUUGCCACAUUGCAGAAGAUUCCACUCAUUCAGACACAAAAAAUUCGUCAGGGCCAACCACUCCUUCCCCACUACAAAGUUCAGUUGACCCUGUGCUUCUGGACGCGAUGCAGCGAAUCUGUAGCCUUCAAGAGGACCUGUUACCGGGCCUCAGGCAACUGGUGCAUCCCUGUCUUCAGAUCUUCAACAACUUCUACUGGUUCCGCAUCUGCAUAGAGCUGGGGCUAUCCAACACUUUUGAUGAUUCCGUUGCUAGCCCUUUCUUAAAGAGCCCCGAAUUCUGUCCAGUUGCUUCAAUUCUGUCGGCGCUUAGUCCGGACAAACCUGAUUCACCCGCCACAACUAGCCCCAAUAAGGACUGUCAGCUGAGACGGGAUACCACGACCACUCGUCCGGGACUCGCAUACAACAGAACCGCUUUGCAACAGAUAGCUCGUAUAUACAAGAUGGCGACGACCAGUCAUCAGGCCGUGAAAGAGUUGUUGUCUUACGUCAGUGCUUGGUCUCUCACAAAUCGGGAUUUUAAACUGCUUUUCGGCCUCGAUCAUCGUGUCGUCGACAAGCUGAUUCGUGGUGUCGUCGCCUCUGACGGCAAUCGGGAUGCAGCAAAGUUGAGACUCGGAAGUCAGAUGAUGCUGAAGUCCAGCGGGACUCGAAGGAGGAGUGUGCAGGAGAGAAAUGACAAAUUACGCGUCACUCUGGUACGCUGGCCAAUCGGCGCAGGCAGCCUUGCUACUGCCCUGGAGGCUCGAUGGUGGAGCCGAAUGUGCCUAAGCACAUCGGCCAGCACACUUUCACUUCGGUCAGGGCGUGAAGAAAUGAGGGAUCAGUUUAUAUACAGAAAAUUACGUCUGCCCCCUUCAAAGUUGAAUGUUAACGUAGUCCAGAUGCUGGAUAGUUUGGUCUCGGACGCGAGCGACCCUGACAAGGUCGAGAAGGCAGGGGAAACGGCUCGGCUUUCACUUGUCUGGCUGGUGUCCGAUUCUGCUGGACUUUUUGACAUUCUUGACGCUCAAGAGGCAAGCGCAAAACGCCUGCAAGCCUGCGGUCUGUUAAGGCCUGCGGGCAGGUCUGUAUCCAAGUCUCCGACGCCCAACCUGCCGGUGAAGAGGGAAUCCGGCGUUAGCGCAAACAUUGAGGAUGGUCUCGUUGACUACCAGCCACUGGCCGAAUGGCUGGAGCUACAGGUCGGCCGAGCGCGUCAUCUCGUUCGACGGCUGCUGCGAAUACAGACUCAGGUGGGUAUGGGCCUGAAUUCGGCUGUUUGGGGUACAAAUUAUGGCAGGAAACCCUUUGUUGGGGUCGCCCUUGGCAACUGUUUUCAGAGGUCUCACACAAUUGGGCAGACUAUGCACUGUGAAGGAAAGGUUGGCUGA